AAGAGCUACAGGGACCUUGCAGUGCCUCGUGACAGCAGCCUGGACCAAGGCUGAACAAAAUGAAUCUUUUCUGUUUCUCACUGGAAGGCUCUAUGGAGAGCAUAUAUGAGCCAAUCCCACAGCAAGCUAAACAAGAAAGUACCUGUAGCAGAAGGGAGGAGACAGGACAAGCAUUUAACAAGCUUGGCGUGGAAGUUUCUAAUUUUGAAGCUGAAACCCCCAAAAGAAAAACGUCAUUCCAGAAACUUCCACCUGAAGAUAAAAUAUUUGAAGGAACAACUGUGUAUGACACAACCUGGCAGGAACCCAGCAAGGCUGCGCAUGAUUGCCACCUCAGGAGACCCUGGCAACUGACAGCUCUAAUAAAUGAGGAUGGUUUGCUUUUGAGGAGAAACAAACAUAUUGUUCAAGAAAAAGAGUCACAAGGGACUCCGUAUCAGGCCAUAAAAUCAGGUGGUGACCCGUUGGGAUCAGCGAGGACAUUAAAUCGACUGCAGAAAUGGCUGUGGAUCAGAAAAGCCAGGGUACCGAGCCUGCAAGAGGGGAAGCCGGUGUUAAUAGACCCCCAAGGUGGGGAGGACACAUUGCUUUCUUGUGUGAAAUUAACCAAAUCCCAAGAAAAGAAAGAUAUUGACAUGGUCACAAGGAAAAGGAAAAAACUGAAUGCUGGUCCAGAAUCUCUUUCUGCAUCCCGCAGUAGAACCAGCAUUUCCAAUGGGCACAACCAGAAAGAUACAGUGUCUCCUUAUGACAUUGAAGUUCCAGUGUGGAAGAACUGGAAACCUUUCCCAGAAAACCCAUUCUGGACAAGCGCUGAUUUUCCAAUUGCCCAAGUGGGACACUGGAGCAACUGUUUCUCUUGUCAGCAUCUUCGUCUCAAAGCUUCUUACACAGAUAUGGAUCUCUUAAGUACAUGGCGCAGCAGCAGUUUUGGGAAUUUUGAUCGUUUUCGGAAUAAUUCCAUGUCAAAAUCUGAUGACUCAAUCAAGGUCCAUGACGGGGAACUGACAAAUGGAAGUGAAGAACAAAGCAAGACUUUAAGCAAUGGAGGAAGCCUGGGUAAAAAAGUGAGGGCUAUUUCAUGGACAAUGAAGAAAAAAGUAGGGAAAAAAUACAUCAAAGCUCUUUCUGAAGAAAAAGAGGAGGAAAGUGGAGAGGAAGCCCUCCAAUAUCGGAACAGUGAUCCCAUGAUUGGAACACAUACAGAGAAGAUCUCGCUCAAAGCCAGCGACUCUUUGGACAGUCUUUACAGUGGGCAGAGCUCAUCAAGUGGAAUAACCAGCUGUUCAGAUGGAACAAGUAAUCGGGACAGCUUUCGACUGGAUGAUGACAGCCCCUACUCAGGGCCAUUCUGCGGCCGCGCCAAAGUGCACACCGACUUCACACCAAGUCCCUAUGACACCGACUCCCUUAAAAUCAAGAAAGGAGACAUCAUAGACAUUAUCUGCAAAACACCCAUGGGAAUGUGGACGGGGAUGCUGAAUAAUAAAGUGGGGAACUUCAAGUUUAUUUAUGUGGACGUUAUCUCAGAAGAGGAAGCAGCUCCUAAGAAAAUAAAGGUCCCCAGAAGCAGUAGAAGAGAGAACCCCCAGACUCUUCAGGAGUUCUUAGAGAGGAUUCAUCUUCAGGAAUAUACUUCAACACUUCUGCUCAAUGGUUAUGAGACCCUGGAUGACUUGAAGGAUAUCAAAGAGAGUCAUCUCAUUGAACUAAACAUUGCCAAUCCAGAAGACAGGGCAAGGCUACUGUCUGCUGCCGAGAGUCUCCUGGAUGAAGAAACUGCUCCUGAGCAUGAAAAGGAACCCGUGUCUCUGUCCUCAAACCAAGACAUCAUAAGGGAAUCACAGGUAGAUGACUGCCCGAGGGACUCUGGCUGUUACAUCUCAUCAGGAAACUCAGAUAAUGGCAAAGAAGAUCUGGAGUCAGAAAACCUGCCUGACAUGGUACAGAAGAUUGCCAUCACAGAGCCCAGUGACUGAACACUCGCAUGUUUACACCCGCAGCUGAAUUUUAUUUGAACUCUUUGUCUGUUACAGGAUCAAAUGGAAGGGUUCCAAAUACAGCCUAAAAAGCAAAGUGUUUUAAUCUGAAUGACUGUACCUACAAAUUUAUAUCUCUCACUUACCAAUGAGUGGGCAAAAAGUAUAUAUUUAUUAAAUACUAUGUGUUAAAGUUUACCUGCCCAUAUUAGAAAAAAGAUAUAAUGCAAGCCCAUGUGUGGUAUGGACUGUAUUUACCUCUAUUUCUUAAGUGUAAAAAAUGUAGACAUGGAGACCAUGUACUAAUAUAUAUAUACAUAUUAUUGAAUAUGUUAUAGGAGUUUAAGUUGAACUAAUUUCGACUUAGAAAUUAGUAAGUAGAAUAUAUACUCAUUUUUUAAUUACUGGGAAAUGGAGACUGAGUUUAAAGACUAUUGUAUUCAAAGAUGGAGUUUUAGUAAGAAUUUUCUGUUUGUUUCUUCACUCUGUUAUCUAAUAUGCAGAUAGAGUUAACAAUAUACUGUCUGUUUUGGUCUAGUAAAGAUAGUUAUAGAGGGGUUUUACCUUUGCAUGUAAAUAUUUUUAAACUUUUUCUAUACCCUAAUAAUUAAUAAUAAAAUAAACUAUGUACAUAUUGUAUCUGCUA